UCAAGAAAAGUUUUUUGAUCCUCUUUUUGCUUUUCCUGGGCAUAAAGCAGCCAUAGCCAUGCCUAGGAGAGUUGGAAAAGAAGUUGCACAACAAGUGGAAGUGGCUCCUAUGAGUCCAAGACAUUCUGAAGGUGAAAAUAGUCCGAAGCAUCUUCCACCUAUUUUUCCCUUGGCUGAUCGCUCAUAUGGCAAUCCCAUAUAUCGCAAUGAUGAUGAGGAGAAAGUGCAGUUCAAUAGGCAGCAACAAAACAAUCCUGCUGGUGGCAUCCUUGGACCACAAGAUCCUGUGGAAGCAGCAUUCCGUGCAGCUGAGCAACUCAACGCCAAUCAACAAAGAUAUGUACCUCCUGCACGUCGUCCAAAUGCAGCCCCACACCCCAACUUUCAGAAUAAUGCCUUUCAACCAUUAGGGCUGCAAGCAGCAUCCCUUCCCUUGGAUAGAAAUCAACUGAUUGAUCUAGUCCAGGAGACAUAUGGUCCAGCUUUAAGACCAUUGGUUCGUCCUUCUUAUCACAAGCCGUAUCCAGAUUACAUAGAUCGGGAUAAUCCAUUUCCUCGUGGAUUCAAAAUGCCUGAAUUUACUUUGUUUUCUAGGGACACGAGUCAGUCAACCAUUGAACACAUUGGUAGGUUCACUAUUCAAUGUGGGGAGGCAUCGGGUGAUGAUUUUUUGAAGUUGAGACUCUUCCCAAGUUCUUUAACGGGUACUGCACUGACAUGGUACCUAAGUCUGCCGCAAAAUUUUGUAUUUACCUGGAGACAAAUGGAAGAUUUGUUUCAUAUUCAAUUCUAUCGCUCAGAGCCUGAGGUAUCCAUGGCUGAUCUUUCUAGAUUAACUCAACAGCCAAGGGAAUCUUCUGAAAAUUAUCUUAUGCGAGACUUCUUUGAGCUCUCUUAUAAGGUGGCACGUUAUGAGAACCUUUUAAGAGAGGAAUUCCAAAGAAAGGCAGCAUCGCAAGGAACUUAUUAUCAAGAUGCUUUUGACCUUGAUGUUGCCGAGGAUAAGAUUGACAAAGGGCUGCUUCGUUUCCCUGAAAAACCCAAGGAAGCCAUGGGGGUUGAUGAGAAUCCUUUUCCGAACGUUGAUGUUGGAGUUAAUGUUGCUGACAUAAGAAGCAUCUCUCGAAGGACGUGGGAGAAGGUUGUGCAUCCCAAGUUUCUAAAAGAACCUGUGAAAAAUCCUAGAACUUUGAGAAGAAGGUUGCAGCGGAAGCGAGCAGAGGCAUGUCGCUGUCAACAAUUAGCUACUAAGGAAGUUAAGGUUCUACAACAUUCUCUUGUAAAGGGAAGGAUGGUGUGGAAGAGAAAGGAGAGUAAAGAGGUUGCUGUCCAAAAUGAAUCUCAGCCGGAAGUGCCACCUCUUAAGCUCACCUCACUAAUCGUCAAUGAAAAUGAGUUAAAGGCAACCUUUGAAGUAGAUCAACAAGUAGAGUUGACUAGCGAUGAUAAUCUUUUUGAGGACAUGGAUGUUUUGCAGAUCGGUGACAUCUCUAUUAAUCUCUCUUGUUUGGUUCUCACGCUUCCUUUGGUUUUUCAAGCCAAGGGCAGCGAGACUACCCAUGUUCCUACCCAUGUUUCCAAGGGCAUCAUGGUUGUUGAAGAAGAAGUGAUAGAGCCACUCUAUAUUUCAGCUCAUAUGGAUGGAGUUCCAGUGAAUCGAGUCCUUGUUGAUAAUGGAGCAGUAGUCAAUGUCAUACCUUCUUUUAUGCUGAGGAAUUUGGGUAAAAAUUAUGAGGACUUAAUUUAUAAUGGCAUAACCAUCAGUGAUUUCACAGGUGGUGUUAGCAAAUCAAAAGGAGUGCUGCCGGUUGCACUUACUGUCGGCAGCAAGACGUCAAUGAGUGCUUUCUUUGUUGUAGACUCUUCUGCAAUUUAUAAUGUUUUACUGAGACGUGAUUGGAUCCAUUCAAAUCGGCGUGUUCCAUCUACUCUCCAUCAAAGACUCAUUUUUUGGAAUGGAGGCAAAACUGAGGUGGUUUAUGCUGAUAACAGACCAUUCUUAGCCAAUUCCAUUAUGGUGGAAGCACGGUACUAUGAUGAAGACGUAGGAACCAUCCAUUUCUUUGGCAUGGAUAGACAAGGAAGACCUCGUGGAAUCACUUCUUGCAACAAGCCUACCUUGGCUAAGUAUGUGGUUGACGAGAUGGAUGACCUUAGGGCCGAUGUACAAGAUCCAUUGAAGGAAGUUAAUCUGGGAACGAAGGCAGAGCCACACAUUACUUUUGUUAGUGGCUUGCUAUCGCCAGAGAUGCGAGAUAAAAUAAUCUGUUUACUACAUGAAUUCAAAGACUGCUUUGCCUGGGAUUAUUCUGAGAUGCCAGGUUUAGACCGAGAGUUGGUAGAGCAUAAACUACCAAUCAACAAAGGAUAUAAGUCGUAUAAACAGCCGUCACGCCGUAUGUCUCCAAAAGUGAUUUUGAAGGUGAAGGAAGAAGUGGAGCGGCUGCAUAAAGUUGGUUUUAUACGGACAGCCAGGUACUCAAAAUGGUUGUCUAAUAUUGUUCCAGUAGUGAAGAAGAAUGGAAAGCUCAGAGUCUGCAUUGAUUUUCGAAACUUAAAUCUAUCCACACCAAAGGAUGAAUACCCCAUGCCAGUAGCAGAUUUACUUGUUAAUGGGGUUGCACGCCAUCACAUUUUAUCUUUUAUGGAUGGGCAUAGUGGCUAUAAUCAAAUCUUUAUUGCAGAGGAAGACAUAAGUAAAACGACGUUUCGCUGCCCUAGAAACAUAAGUACAUAUGAAUGGGUCGUGAUGCCGUUUGGGUUGAAAAAUAAAGCCGUUAAAAGACAGGCUUUAGCAGACUUUUUAGCAGGUCAUCCUUGUUUAGAUGUUAACGUUGAUGAAGAAAAAGGAAUCAAUCUCUUUUCGAUUGACUUGGUUCCUUGGAGGCUUAUUUUUGAUGGGUCUAUGACUGAUCAAGCCUCUGGGGCUGGAAUUAUUAUUGUUUCUCCAGAUGGCAUAAAAACCCAAUGGUGUUUUCAGUUGGAUUUUGAAUGCACCAAUAACCAAGCAGAAUAUGAAGCUUUGGUAAUUUGCCUUGAGUUGUUGGUAGAGUUGAAGGUGCCAUCGGUUGAAAUUGUGGGUGAUUUUCAAUUAGUUCUUAAACAAUUGAGUGGCGAAUACAAGUAUACAAGCAUGGUUUUGUCUCCAUAUUUUGCCAUUGCCAUCCAACUAUUGGAGGAAUUUGAUGAUGCCUCCCUGAAGCAUAUUCCUCACAACAUGAAUAUUGAAGCAAAUGAACUUGCGCAGAUUGCUUCAGGUGUAAAAAUGCCUAAAGGCAUCAUGGAGAAAGUGAUUAUCAUUGAAAAACGUAUGCUGCCUUCAAUUCAUCAAAGAGGGAUAACGGUGGAAGCAUGCUCAAUAGAUGUCACACCUACAGAUUGGAGGCAUCCAAUAAUAGAACAUUUAAGGAAUCCCAGUUCUAAAACAUCAAAAAGAACGAGGAUGCAAGCUUUAAACUAUGUGCUACUUGGGGAUGUUCUGUAUCGUAGGGGGCAGGAUGAAUUAUUAUUGCGUUGCCUCGGUCUUGAUAAAAGUUGUCAUGUGAUGUCAGAUGUUCAUAAUGGUAUUUGCAGUGCUCAUCAGGCAGGAACUAAGAUGAGAUGGCUAAUUCGAAGGCAUGGUUUCUUUUGGCCAUCUAUUCUUAAGGAUUGCAUCAAUUAUGCGAAGGGCUGCAGAGCUUGUCAACUACAUGGUCCUUUGCAGCGAGCGCCAGCUUCUGAGUUUGUUCUUCCAGAAACUAUCACUUCUGAUCAAGGUACUACUUUUGUUGGAUCUAAAGUAGAGGCCUUUGCAAAAGACAUGGGAUUUCAUUUGCUUAAUUCAUCUCUGCAUUAUGCACAAGCAAAUGGUCAAGCAGAGGCAUCUAAUAAGAUUAUCAUCAACAUCCUGGAGAAAAUGGUGACCCCAUUCUCGCUUACUUAUGGUCAUGAUGCUGUCUUGCCUAUGGAAUUAACGACAAGGUCUCUACGGAUUGCAAUUCAAAAUGGCUUGAAUUCUAGGGAAUACAAUGAGGCCAUGAUCAUGGAGUUGGAAGACCUUAAGGAAGCAAGGUUGAUAGCAUUGGAUGUGAUGAAAGUUCAGAAGCUUAAAGUGGCACGAGCUUACAACAAAAGGGUUAAGCAAAAGAAUUUAGCCGAAGGAAGCUGGGUUUGGAAGGCCGUGCUACCACUUGGAAAGAAGGAUCCUAGAUAUCGUAAGUGGUCCCCUAAUUGGGAAAGACCAUUCCAAAUUCAUAAAGUUCUUAAAGGGGGUGCUUAUUGGUUAAAGUCUUUGAAUGGGGAGUUGCAUUCAUGCAAGAUCAAUGGCAUCUACUUGAAACCAUAUUAUCCGAUUGUGUGGGAGGCACGGGAUAGUUCUGCCUCCAUGUCUACAUGAUCCAAGUUUGCAGACAUUGGUAUAUUAUUUGAUUCAAGUUGUUUUUCUUUCAAUAAUGACACGUAGAGUUUUGGCUUGAACCAUGGAAGCAUACAUAAGACUUGGUGCUGCCAAGGAGGCAUGGCAUGUUCUUACAUUUGUGUUUUAGAGCGGCUUUGUUUGCAAAGCCAUGGGCAGCAUGAAUAAAGCAAGCAAAUAAAUUCAUGUUCAUCAU